CGAACACUUUCGUAUCCUAGGAGCUCAGUGUGUCAGCUACUAGCCGUUUCCUCUCCUCUCCUUCUGAAGAACCCAAGCAGGUAUGGCUGCCAAGGCGACCCUCGUCUGCUUCAUGGUCGUGGCUCUCGCGGUGGCGCUGCUGGGAGCGCCGGGCGCGGUGGAGGCGGCGACGUGCAGCCCGACGCAGCUGACCCCGUGCGCGCCGGCGAUCAUCGGGAACGCGGCGCCGAGCGCGGCGUGCUGCGGGAAGCUGAAGGCGCACCCGGCGAGCUGCCUGUGCAAGUACAAGAAGGACCCCAACCUGCAGCGCUACGUCAACUCCCCCAACGGCAAGAAGGUCUUCGCCGCGUGCAAGCUGCGCCUGCCAAGGUGCUGAGCGAUCGACCCAUGACCUUCAUCCAUCCAUGAUCUAUCUCCCUCGCGUUUUGCACGUACGCUACGUGCCUACGUGCGGUGUGGGUGUGUGGCAUGGCAUGGCUUUGUGAUGUCACCUGAGGACGUGAGGUAAUAAUAAAUCGUACGAGAGUGCUAUAUAUUACAUAUAAAGAGAGAGAAUUAUACGUUGAGUGGAAAUAAAUCACGUUGAUCGAUCGAUCGGUCAUGUACUCUUUGUGGUAUGGACCGAGUUGGCUCGACUUGUGUUAUGUCAGUGUGAGUGUGACGAUCAUGUACUCUGUGUGGCACCAUAUGAUUGUUCCAGUAAUAAUUAUAUGUCUUGCAUACUUUA